GUGAGGUUCCACACCCGAAUGCACUUUCUCUCGAUCAUUUCCCCUUUCCGGCGGCCCAUCUUGCAGAGUAUAAAAACACGGCAUAGGAACGGUAGCAGCAGUCUAGAAGCUUUUCGUCUUCAUCUCACCUGCACUCAAGAGCCAACCAUGAUUCGCGCCUGCGUCUUCCUUGCCUUGGCCACCUAUGCCUCCGCCGCUGGAAGCCUGGGCUACGGCGUUGGCUACGGCGUUGGCCACGGCCUUGGCUACGGCCUAGGCCUUAGUCACUAUGGUCUGGCUCAUGGAAUUGGCUACUCCGGCUUGACCGGCUACGGACUCGGCUAUGCCCCUGCCGUGGCUCGCACAUACGCCGCCUACCACGCCGCUCCAGCUGUUGCAACCGUUCACCAUGCCCCGGCUGUGGCCACGGUCGCUCACGCUGCACCCGUUGCCACCGUUGCGCACGCCGCGCCAGCCGUGGCAUACGCCGCUCCUGCGGUGACCAGCGUUUAUCGCUCUGCUCCAGUUGUCGCCGCCGCUCCAGCUGUUGCCACCUAUGCCCACGCCGCUCCAGCCGUUUCGUACGCCGGUCCAUCUUAUGCCAGCGUUUACCGCUCUGCUGCAGUCGUGGCAGCCGCUCCAGCUGUUGCCACCUAUGCCCACGCCGCUCCAGCCAUUUCGUACGCCGGUCCAUCUUAUGCCAGCGUCUACCGCUCUGCUCCAGCCGUGGCGUACGCGGCUCCGGCAGUAACCAGCGUUUACCGCUCUGCUCCAGUCGUGGCCGCCGCUCCAGCUGUUGCUACCGUUCACCACGCCGCUCCAGCCGUGGCCUACGCUGCUCCGGCUGUGACCAGCGUUUACCGUUCUGCCCCAGUUGUGGCUGCCGCGCCGGCGGUCGCCACUUACCACGCUGCUCCUGCUGUGGCCACCGUGCACGCUGCCCCAGCGGUCGCCACCUACCACGCUGCUCCCGCUGUUGCCACCGUGCACCACGCUCCAGCUGUUGCCACUGUUCACCACACCCCGGCUUUUGCAACUGUCGCCCAUGCCGUCCCAGCCUACGGCUACGGAGUGAGCAGCCUCGGCUACGGUGGUGGUCACUACGGAUAUGGCCAUGGCCUCCUUGGCUAUGGUCUGAACUACGGCUAUGGUCUCGGCACUCCCCUCCAUUACAGCGCUCUUCUCCGCAAGAAGAAGUUAGGAACGAGCACGCUGACUGGCUUGGGCUUCACCUUCCUCAGGGUGUCCGCUUCGCUGAAGAAGGCGGUCGACGAGCCCUCAAUGCGCUGCACGCUGGUGGCCGAGACGCCGCCGGGGGCCCGGAACACCGUGGUGGUCACGCUCGGUCCCGAUGAGAGCCUCGACGUAAGCGUGAGGUUCUCCGGUCGAGGGUCACCUUGCCUCUUCCUGGCCCUAGUCGUUGUCGUGUUCCCUGACGACAUUUUCAGCGCUGGCAUUUACUCCUAUGUACCCACGGCCGUUAGCGUAGCUUCUGAGGAAGUAAUUUGCUGCCGUUUCUUGCCGGGCCAAGUGUCAGCUAUAAAAGCGGAGCCUCAGGACAAGACGGAACAGACGCUUCUGUUCCUCCAUCGGAUUAAGACCGACAACAUGCUCCGUGUCAACAUCCUCCUUGCCCUGGCCACCAGCGCCUUCGCUGGACACGUUUCUAGUGGAUAUGGCCUCGGCUAUGGUCUCGGUUAUACCGGCCUCGGCCUCUCCCACUACGGUCUUCACCAUGGCGUUGGCUACUCUGGACUGACUGGAUACGGCCUUCGCUACGCUUAUGCUCCAGCUGCUAGCUACGCCGUCCACACUGCGCCAGCUGUCGCCGCUUACGCUGUACCAGCCGUCGCCAGGGUAGCCACCACUUACGCUGCCCCAGCUGUGACCAGAUACGUGCACUCCGCUCCAGUUGUUGCUGCUGCCCCAGCCGUCACUUACGCCGCUGCUCCAGCUGUCGCUAAGGUUGCCACCUACAGUGCCCCUGCUGUGACCAGUGUUGUUCGCACGGCUCCAGUGGUCGCUGCUGCCCCAGCCGUUGCCACUUACGCCACUUACGCCGCCCCAGCUGUCGCUGCUGUCCACCACGCGCCAGCUCUUGCCGGCAUCACUCACGCUGCUCCACUUGUCGGUGCCUACCACGCCGUCCCAGCCUACGGCUACGGAGUGAGCAGCCUCGGCUACGGUGGCGGUCACUACGGAUAUGGCCACGGCCUCCUUGGCUAUGGUCUGAACUACGGCUAUGGUCUCGGCUCCCCCUUCCAGUACGCCACUCUCCUCCGCAAGAAGAAGUGAAUGGACACAGAGCACAUAGGAAGGACAGAAGAGUCUUCGAGGCUUCGGUCAUUUACAGUGACGGCAGCCGAAAAAUAAACUGUUCGC